GUGGGUAAGAGAUGUAGUAGCUGCGCCUUUAAGGCUGCAUGUGGUCUCUCUCCAUCUCUCUCUCUGCUCCCAUGGCAGGCAGGCAGGCUGUGGAGGUGCACGCUUUCAAAGUUUGACUGGGGAAUAGAGGAGGCACCGGUGGAGAAACAAGCAGCAGCAGCAUCGAAACACACACAACACACACACACACACACACAGCAGGGAAUGAGCAUCUGAAAGAGAGAAGAGAAGAGGAGAACCGCACAGUCUGCUGGGAGUGUCCGAUAAUAAGAACAAUGGGAGAGAGACAGACGGCCGAGCAGGAUUUUUUUUCUCGAUGUGUAAAAUGAAGAAACACAAGAAGGUUAAUGUGAGCCAGUGUUAGCUGGAAGGAGGGACUCCUGGCUGCAGCCUCCUCCUCCUCCUCUCCUCUUCCUCCUCCUCCUCCUCAGCCAUGCCGCUGGUAUUGCGCACGCUGUUGUUCGGCUUUGUAACGCUGCUCGUUGUGCUUUUGAUCAUAGAUGAUAUUGCAGAAGUGGAGAAAGAAACUGCAAAUACCGGACAUUCAAAGAGGAAGAACUUGCACCGGCUCAUCCCUAAACCGCACAGAAAAGCUACAGCACAUCCGACUUCUUUGACGAGAUCGAGCAAAGACGUGAAUCAUCUCGGCUCGAGCUACAACAACACCGUCAAGCUCUCGACAAACAGCUGGACCUUCAACAAGACCCUCUCCAACCUCAUCAGAAAGAAUAUUCUGCGGUUUCUGGAUCCAGAGAGAGACAUCUCUAUUCUGAAGGGCACGCUGAAGCCAGGAGAUAUCAUCCACUAUGUGUUUGAUCGCCACAGCACCACAAACAUCUCAGAAAAUCUCUACCGUCUUCUGCCAACCGUAUCCCCCAUGAAGAACCAGCAUCACAGGCGCUGCGCCAUUGUAGGGAACUCUGGGAUCCUGCUGAACAGCAGCUGUGGACCCGACAUCGACUCUCACGACUUUGUUAUCAGGUGUAACCUGGCACCGGUGGAGGAGUACUCUCAGGACGUGGGGCGGCGGACCAACUUGGUGACCAUGAACCCUUCAGUGGUGCAGCGGGCCUUCCAGGACCUGGUCAGCGAGGAGUGGAGGGAUCGCUUCCUGCAGCGGCUCCAAAGCCUCAGCGGCAGCGUGCUGUGGAUCCCGGCCUUCAUGGCCAAGGGUGGAGAGGAGCGUGUGGAGUGGGCCCUUCGUCUCAUCCUGCUGCACACCGUGGACGUACGCACCGCCUUCCCAUCGCUGCGCCUUCUCCACGCUGUCAGAGGGUAUUGGCUAACCAACCAUGUCCACAUCAAGCGUCCGACCACCGGGCUCCUCAUGUACACGAUGGCCACUCGCUUCUGUGAAGAGAUCCAUCUUUACGGCUUCUGGCCCUUCCCACUCGACCCGCAGGGCAAACCGGUCAAAUACCACUACUACGACACCCUAAAGUACGAGUACACGUCCAGCUCCAGUCCUCACACCAUGCCUCUGGAGUUCAGGACCCUGAGCGCGUUGCACAGACAGGGGGCGCUCCGGCUCCACACUGGGACCUGUGACGCAGACAGGAGACCACAGAAGGAGCUCCAGAGCAAAUAGCGGUAAGGAGGAUCUCCUUGGAAACCACUUUGACUCUGUACAAACAGUUUUUUCUUGCUACCGAACUUUUAUGAAACUUGAAUUAACUUAUUUUCAGUAAUUGGAAUGAACUUUUUUUCUAUUUCAAGCUCUUUUACUGACUUGUUCCACUGGUGUGUUUUACCUUUUAAUGAGAUUUCUAUGGCAACCUUUAAAAUAAUGAGACCCUUUUUCUGCUGGAACUGCUCAUGGAGGUCCUGUCAUGUCCAUCUGUUGGCCCUUUAUUUUUCUUAAACAGAUCAUUUUAAAAAGCCCAUCCAGGUUUCAAGUAUGGUUAUAAAUUAUGGACAUAUUUUUGUUUUCAAAAUUUGUCAUGAGACACAAUCAAUUAAUUCCCUACUUGAUGAUAUGAUAGGGCUCCAUUAAGGAUGUGUUGUAAUUUACCCAGCAGGUCAACAUCAUUAAGAGCUGCUGAAUUAAUUUUCCCUUUUUGGGCCACAAGAUGGAAGCACUUAAUAAUCAGGGAGAAUGAUGAUGAAAGAAAAAAAUUAUGAUGAAACACGUGUUUUUUUUAUGACGUUCAACUUGUGAUAAAAAAUUUUCCUCUAAUAGAUUUUAUGCUUUUGUAGCUUCUUAUAAAGUACCGUCGUUGGUGUAAAAACAGGUAAUUCAUAAGCAAAAAAAAUCCCAAAAGUCCAGUCAUGAGCUGCCAUGUGAUACAGAAGGUUACCUUGAGAGCCAAACGGAGAAACGGCAGCACGUUGAAUUGUAUUCUGUGAGGAUAAAGAGGGAGUGUACCGGCUGUUCACAUAAGAAUGUUUGCAUAGUCUGAGCCGGCGGUAAACUCGCUCUGUAAACUUUUCUCACAAAGAGCACCAGCCCUGUUUCUGCACUGGAAAUGUUGGUAGUGAGGUCAGACAGUAGUUGUGUAGUAAUAAUAGUAAGAAGAGCUUUUUCUUAAAUGAAUGUAUUGGUGAUAUUCUUACAAAAUGCUGUAAGAAAUGAGCCCCUGAAUGUGCUUUAAAUAAAUUCCUAGUUACAGUUUCAGUGCAGUAACACUGAGAAGAGGACGAGCUGAUAACUUGUAUGCCUUCAUUCAUUUUAAAUGAUGUAUGAAUUAUACUUGUACAGUGUGUUUGGGUUAGUAUUUAACCGAUAUAGGUUGAUACAGAUAUUUGUAGAUUUUGCCAGUAUUUUGUGCCUAUAAUCAAUAAAUUAGACCAUUUAAAAGUGGACCAUUUCAUAUGCCCAGAAAUAAAACUGUUCAGGGUUUAUCCAAGGAAAUGUGUUACAUGACUGUCUUAAUAGUGUCACCCACUUCUGAAAGCCAGAGUAUAUUUUAUUUUAGAUUUGUUAAGUAAUUGUGGUCAGGGAAGAAACUAAAAACCCAAACCAGACUGGUUUCAGUUUAAUGCUAGUUUAGAUUAUAUUGGUACUUGUAAGCUCCACCUCAGUAAAAGCCUCAAAGUUCAGUUGCGAUUUUAGUUUUUUUUACGAGUUGUCUUGACGCUGACCUUUUUCCCAAACGCUUUGGGUAUUUCACCGCAACGAAAAUGCGACCUUUAAUAAAAAUUAGCGGAAGUAUUCAAGCUAUUCCAAGAGCUAAACAAGUCGCCUCUCAUGCGCUUCCAGCCAUGUGAUUUGUCCAUGUUGUUUGGACAGGAUUCGUCCGUUGACUUGCACGUAGGCUAACGACACGAGUAAAGUUAAGAAUAGACACAAAAGUUUUACUAGAGACGUCAGCAGUCUGCAGAAUGAAAGGUUUACUUGUGAAAGCUCGUCUGAGCAACAUGGUUAAAUUAAUUAACCCAGAAUCUGGAAUUUGCUACAGUUUAAACUUUCUAGUGACCUGUAGUUUCAGCUGAGAAACUGAGGGGAUUGUGCUGUAUAGUUUUUGUCAUGUAUACCGUAUGUUCCAUAUAACUCCAGCCAGCAUGUGUCAGCUUUUGCAUGUUUGGUUUUGUCUCGAAACAUACAACUUGAGUAUAUUUCAUUUUUUAGUUCUGAAAAUAUUCAGUCUGACUCAAGGACAUUAUAAAUGUGCAGUUCUGACAAAGCGAAUGUACUUUUUUUGUGGCAGAAAACACAAAAGAUCAGAAUGGAGAAAAAAAAAAGAACACUUCAAGCCUCUCCCUUAAAACGAUUUAACACUUCAAAGGAAGCAGUUUUAUUUCAGUAGUGUUUCAAAGAAAUGGAAACUGAGGAAACAGCCGUGGGUGCACAUAACGUCUCUGUGUCAAAAACACACAAACAGGGACUUGUUUUCAAUAAAACAGUUUGAAACAUUUAACUUUUUUUGGUUUAAAUGUGGGAUUAGGGAAAUUAGCAACAGGCUCCAAAUAGCUACCACAGGGACUUUGAUUCAUUUUACAACAGGAACUGUCUGCAGCUGAUGAUUCAGGUCUAAUAAAAGUCCAGAAUUAGCAUCUUUAGAUGAGCAGGGUUUUUCCACAAUUUCACGCACGACUGAAGAUAAAAUCAAAGACGUUGGAAAAGGAUAACUUGUACACGGGUGACGUACUCCCCUGGGACAAACAGCAGAGGCACAUAAAUGGAUCUGCAGUUUUCUGCACAUAUACAGUGAAAGAUGACACAAUACUGAAAUGAACAGCGGCCAUAUAGUCUGAUGGAAAACACA